CUCUAAAGCGCCCUUCGAGCGCCUCCCGCCGCCGCACUUUCACUCUCGGUCCUCGGCGUCCUCUUGCUGUACAGCCCUGCUCAGCGGCGCGCCCUCCCGCCCACGCCAUGGACGCCAAGGUCGUCGCCGUGCUGGCCCUGGUGCUGGCCGCGCUCUGCAUCAGCGACGGAAAGCCUGUCAGCCUGAGCUACAGAUGUCCUUGCCGAUUCUUUGAGAGCCAUGUCGCCAGAGCCAACGUCAAGCAUCUGAAGAUCCUCAACACUCCAAACUGUGCCCUUCAAAUUGUGGCAAGGCUGAAGAACAACAACAGACAAGUGUGCAUUGACCCGAAAUUAAAGUGGAUUCAGGAGUACCUGGAGAAAGCUUUAAACAAGGGGCGCAGAGAAGAAAAAGUGGGGAAAAAAGAAAAGAUAGGAAAAAAGAAGCGACAGAAGAAGAGAAAGGCUGCCCAGAAAAGGAAAAACUAGUUAUCUGCUUCCUCCAGCUGGACCGCAGUGCUCUCUGCUCUCCGCGCUUUGUAAAUUCGCUCCACCCCUCUUCCAGGGCAAACCCCACGCCCUGAGCAGGUGCUCAGACUUCAUGAGGGGCAGCACUUUCCUGCCCUGGUGGCCACGCCAGCUGCUCUAUUUAUGUGCUUCUUAAGGUCCUCCUUGGUCUACUAAGUUAUGAAGAAAGUAGGUGUUGAAAGGCCGGGGUGGUGGCUAAGCCACAGAGUUCACGUGCCCAGGACCUGUCUGGCCUGCUCUGAGCUGAAUCCCAGACCAGGAGUUCACACCCAAAGCCUGCAAUCCUGGGAAGACCAGGGCGGUCUUCUGCUUGCCUAGGAAGGGCGAUGUGCCUUAAGCUCUGUCUUCCCCUCAGCCACACUACCUUUGUGGCCUUCUCAGGAGAAGAGGUAACUGACUUACUCUCAGUCCUGCCAUGAGCUUUUUCCAAGUACCUCUUGCCUGCCCACCCCCUCCCCCCGCCCCCCAUCACCACUCUGCAGUCCAGGAAGGAAUCUCAGCCCUCCCUGACUGUGUGACAGCUUUACCGCCAGUCUGGUUGGGUUUCUCCAGACAGUGUGGGAUGAGCAGGAGGGAAAGAUACACUCUCGGAGGACAGAUGUGGCCUGUUUCUCAGGAAGCCUCCUCUUUGGACAGCUCACAUAAGAGUCUUUAAACGGGUCCCCCAUGGGGAGGACAGAUGUGCUCUGGAACUUUGUGAAGAGCCAGCAGCUUCAGGGACUCCAAGUCUGUCCCUUCCCCGUUUGUCACCCAUGUCUCUGACAGUGUGCUAUCUGGGUGCAGCUGCCUCAGUUUUCAGUCCUGGGAAAUGUCUGCCUUCAGUAAAUAUAGUUAAAGUUCUAGAACUUUCUACUACCUUACUCCAACCUCCCCUGGCAGUUUAUGUCUGCUUUAUUUUUUUGUCUGUUUGGUUUGGGUUUUGUUUUUUGCCACUUUGGACUGGGAAAAUGGAGGGCAAGGCCUGACUUCAGUAGUGUUUUGAAAAAGGACACCUUGAGUUUCUUGACCCUCCUCUUCACAUCAUGUAAACACACACACACACACACACACACACACACACACACACACACACACACACACACACACACACACACACACACCUCUUGUACCCCAGACCUCUGGGCAUAAUUUCCAUAACUGGUGCAGAAAGAAGAAAUGGUUGGAGGACAGAGCAAAUGGAUUUCAGGGAAAGGAAGUUCAAGGGCUCAGUGUGUCAGACUCUCCUGGGUCCCUAUAACACGUUCCUUAUGACUCCAGCACUACACAGGUAUAACCCUCCAUUUUCCUUGUUGGAGAAGCAUCCUGCUAGGGAGCUUCAGGGAAGACUCGGUGUUACCAGAGGCUGUCUCUUAUCUGGACAGUUUUACUUGUCCUCAUUCUCAGCGCUGAGGAUAGCAGGCUAGACUACAGAUGGGCACCUCUUCGGAUAUCCAGCUGUUGGCUGAGCUGCCCAGGGCCACUACCCAUGUUUCCUGUGGAAGCCAGCCCAGCUGAAGUCCGGUCUGGGCAGCCUCAGCCGUGGUUUUCCUGUUGUUAUAAAAGCAUCCCAGAAGGCCAGAUCUGUGCCCAGGUCACAGCUCUGCUUAGAAAGGGGUGUCCAGUCCCUCCAGGGCACUGGGAAGAACUGUUACUCUCUAGCAAGCCAGGGCCAACCUGAGGCUACUCUGAGGUGAAGAUAACUUUCUGCAAUGCCCAGGGACUGUACCUCCCAUCACCCAUCUCCCACUUCUAGGGGAGUUGGCCGCAGGGGCUAGGAGAGUGGGCCACUCCUUAGGAAACACAGCAAGCUCUGCUGGUCAUUACAUGACUUUGAGGAGCCUCUAUGCCUCAUAAGAUGCUUAUGAAGCUCUUAAAGUGGGCAACCCCAGCCUGAUGGAUAGAAUCUCCAUGGAAAUCCUGAGAUGCUGACUUCAUUCUGUGGGUGAAAACUGGGAUGUGCCCUUGCAAGUCUUCAGGCAGGUGAGAAGGGAGGCCAUGGUGCUGUCUGGCACAGAUGCCUUCUGGGAGGACAUGCAGCUCCCGAGAGGCCACCUCCAGACUGCCAAGGCCUCUUCUGAUGGUGUGGUACCAGCUAAGAGAUUUCAAGAAAGAGUGAGUUUUUGGUGGAAGUUGUGGGAAAUGCCUCUUUCCAAAAGUUCUGAGGUCUGGGGAUUCAUGAAGACAGAUGUGUGGCCUCAGAACUACUCCCACAAUUUGCAGUGUGCCCUGUCAUGUGUUCCUUGUGCCAUGCCUUCUAUGCCAUUGUAUGUCUGCCACACCCUGUGCUUGCCACGUCCACCAAUCUCUACUCCCUACCAUCAUGUAGUCCUUUCACUUCAGCCCUGGCCGGGUCCUUCGCUGCUGUCUCACUCUCUCAGGCCUCAGAAGGAAGACAUAUCACGGCUACAAGCUGAAAUGUGGAGUAGGGAGCCUGUGGCUCCUGCUGGGCCAGGCAGCCACCCGCUGGGGCCAACCCAGCAUCCCAGACAUGUGGUGAGAACCUACCUUAAUGGUAUCUCUUCUGUUCUU